AUGCUAUCCUCGUAUGGGAAGGUAUUGGUUUACAUGAUUCACUCAAAAGGAAGAAAAGACCUUACGGAGGAGAGACAGGAGGACAAGGAGGAUAAGGAGGACAAGGAGGACAAGGAGGUAGAAACAAUUCUCUCUUCUGCCACUCGGCUAGCAAUCAGAUCCUUUGAGAUCACUGCGUCGAAAAUGCCUGAAAGCGUAUCCCAUGAACCCGAGGACCAGAGUGAGGAUGGUGACGCCGAAGGCUCUGUCGGCUUGCCAGAUCUAGGCGAGAGUAUCGAUGCCUUGACCUUCGAGCAAAUUCUAGAAAUGGACGAUGACGAGGAAGACCGCGAGUUUAGCCGCUCUAUUGUGUUUGGAUUCUUCGAGCAGGCCGAGCAGACUUUCGGAAAAAUGGAGACCGCACUCAAGGAGAAGGACCUCGGCCAACUCUCGUCCCUCGGCCACUUCCUGAAAGGUUCCUCCGCUACACUUGGCUUGACCAAGGUGAAGGAUAGCUGCGAGAAGAUCCAGCACUACGGCCAGAAGAAGGACGAGGAGGGUACCGCUGACGAACCUGACGAGAACAAGUGCUUGGAACGCAUUAAGGAGACUCUGGUCACCGUGAAGGAGGACUACAAAGAGGUCGAGAAGGUCCUGAAGAAGUUCUACGCCUGA